AAAAUGGUUUUUGUAACCGUGUCUUGUAUUAUGCGAAAAUACAUAUUACAAAUUAGACACGGUGUUUAUUAUUGAAAAACAGAAGAACACCGUUUACUGCGAAAAUUCCACGUUACUUUUUAGCUAACAUACAACGUAAACAUAUGGCGGCAGCUGUAAGCGAAUAUACGAACGCAAGUCCAAUCACGAAGGAAUGCUGAUGGUUAAUGCAAAGUUGAUGGAUUAUUUUGUAUGAGUUUUAUGUUACACAAAUGAAACGAUGUUUUAUAUUUCUUUAACACUUGCUUCUUUUAAAUAAACAUGUUAUUAAAGCAGAGUUAAUGUGUAAUUUUGAAAAUAAUAAACGUUCGAACGAGGUUAAUUUCGAAUUUUUGUAUUAAAAAGUCGUCAAUAUUUCUCUCUCAGAGUUUUAAUCAAUAGUUUAAUUAAUUUUGAAAUGACAAUACAUUAAUGUAUGAAACGACAAUAUAUUAAAUAAAUGUGUCAAAAUGAGGACUAGAAAAAUAUUGGCAUUUCUCAGUGCGGGCUUGAUCCUUGCCUGUUGUAUUAUGAUGUAUUUAAUAAUGGAUUUAACGAUCUUUCCACCUGGUCAAGGAUCUAAACUCUCUGUUAAGGAUAAUCAAUGGCUGCACUUUGAGAAUAGAUUAACAAAGUUAGAGAAAGAUUUCAAUAAGCAUCAUGAAGUUAUGAAUGCCCUAAAGGAAGUGGCUGAAGUGAAACAUCUCGUGCGUAAAGCCUAUUCUGUAAAUCAUCCCAAUCAUUCUAUAUCGUCCAGUUCUUCCCAUUUAGGAAAAAUACUCAAAUGUAAUUUUAAUAUUCAAAAAGUUCCCGAAGUAGACAUUCAAAUGUUGGAGGUAUACAGACAAUUGGAGUUUGAUAAUGUGGAUGGUGGAGUGUGGAAACAAGGAUGGGACCUCACGUACGAUGAGAAACAAUGGCAUCCGAAUAGAAAACUAAAAGUCUUUGUGGUUCCACAUUCUCACAAUGACCCUGGUUGGCUUAGCACCUUUGAGAAAUAUUAUACAUUUCAAACGCAAAAUAUAUUGAACACUAUGGUAACAAAAUUAGCAGAGGACAGAAGACGUAAAUUUAUUUGGGCAGAAAUAUCAUUCUUUCAACUUUGGUGGGAAGAUCAGUCUAAGAUAACGCGUAACUUAGUCAAGCGUUUGAUUCAUGAUGGUCAGUUAGAAAUUGUAUCAGGUGGUUGGGUCAUGCCAGAUGAAUCCAUUUCUCAUUGGAUCCCUCAGUUAACGCAACUCACAGAGGGACAUCAAUGGUUAAAAUAUAAUUUAGAUUAUACACCCAAAUCAAGCUGGGCUAUUGAUCCAUUUGGUCUUUCUCCAACUAUGCCAUAUCUAUUGAAAAAAGCGGGAUUGGAAAAUAUACUGAUACAAAGAGUUCAUUAUUCAGUUAAAAAAAGAUUAGCUAGACAAAAGCAACUUGAGUUUCGUUGGAGGCAGUUGUGGGAUAAUGAUGGAUCGACAGAAAUCUUUACACAUGUAAUGCCAUUUUAUAGUUACGACGUACCACACACUUGUGGCCCAGAUCCAAAAAUAUGUUGCCAAUUUGAUUUUUAUAGACUGCAAAAUUUUGGACUAAGUUGUCCAUGGAAAAUAGCUCCAAGAGCCAUAACUAAAUCAAAUGUUGCAGAAAGAGCUGCCCUCUUACUGGAUCAGUAUCGUAAGAAAGCUCAACUGUUUAAAACAGAUGUGGUAUUAGCACCAUUAGGAGAUGAUUUCAGGUAUACUCAUUUUACUGAGUGGGAUGCUCAAUAUAAAAAUUAUCAAAAACUUUUUGAUUAUAUGAAUCAGAAUCAAAAACUGAACGUUCAAAUUAAAUUCGGAACAUUGAGCGAUUACUUUGAUGCAAUUAGGGAAAAACAUAAUUUAAAUGAAUUUCCUACUUUAUCUGGUGACUUUUUUACAUAUUCCGAUAGAGAUGACCAUUAUUGGAGCGGAUAUUAUACAACAAGGCCUUUCCACAAACGAUUAGAUCGUGUAUUGUUAAGUUUACUGAGAGCAUCGGAAAUAUUAACUAGUAUUGCUUGGACCAAAGGUAAUGAUAAUUUAGUGGAAGGUACUCUUGCACAACGUUUGAGCAAAGCAAGAAUGUGGCAUUCUUUAUUUCAACAUCAUGAUGGUAUUACUGGAACUGCCAGAGAUGAGGUUGUUAUAGAUUACGCUAAGAAGAUGAUAAUGGCUUUAAAUAAUUCUGCACAUGUAUUGCAACAGUCAACAGUUCAUUUGUUGAAAACUCCACAAGAAUCUUCUGUUAAUAUAGAUGCUGUAUAUAUUUCACUCGAUGAAUCUAGAUUGCGCCAUACCAGUGUAGGAGACAAACAUGUAAUAAUAUUAAGGGACGAAAGUCCUUUAAAAAAAGUUAUUCUUUAUAAUUCCAUUCCACGACAAAGAACAAAAGUACAGACAUUGGUUGUAUCUACUCCAUUUGUUAAAGUUACUGAUCGUAUGGGGCAACCAGUGCAAUGUCAACUUUCUCCAAUCUGGAUUGGACCUGCUGCAUUAACUGUUGCUAGAUAUGAGUUAUCAUUCUUAGUUACCGUACCUGGAUUUGGUAUUACAACAUAUAUAAUUCACGCUUUGCCGAAAUCAACGUUUCCACCGGAAGUGCAUGUUGCAAACAUAGUUGUUUUUAAUACAGACAUAAAUCUCCCAAAAAUACCAGGUUUUAAUCAAAUUCAAGUAGUACCAAACGCACAAGAAUUUUCGAUUACGCAACGACCAGAAUUAUCUGCAUCUUUUGGGAAAUCAGGUCUUCUGAAAGCUUUAAGAGUCAGUAAUACAACAGUCCCUAUUCAUUUAGAAUUUGUCAAAUACGGUACCAGAGGUACGGGUAAAGAUAAAAGUGGAGCUUACUUAUUUUUGCCUGACAAAUCAGAACCAGAUUUAGUAUAUAUAGAUAAUAAGUGUAUUAUACACUUAAUAACUGGACCCAUUGUAUCCAAAGUAUUUGUAGAAUUUGCACAUGUUCGUCACACUUGUAUAUUGUAUAAUUCUCCUGGUAGUGAUGGACUUGGUUUACACAUUCAUAAUGAAAUUAACAUAUCAGAAACUCAAAAUUAUGAACUUGCUAUGAGACUAAGUACAGACAUAGCUUCGGGAGACCAAUUCUAUACAGAUCUAAACGGCCUUAAUAUGAUCAAACGUCAAAGAUUUCCAAAGCUUCCUACGCAAGGAAACUAUUAUCCGAUGGCAGCAAGUACAUACAUAGAAGAUAAGAGGUUUAGGUUAACAGUUGUAACAGCACAACCACUAGGUGUAAGUUCUAUGGCAUCUGGACAAAUUGAAAUAAUGCAAGAUAGAAGAUUACUUCAAGAUGAUAACAGAGGACUUGGACAAGGCAUAACUGAUAAUUUGUUAACAAAUCAUAUAUUCAUGUUCGUUCUUGAAAAGAAAAAGUCUUUCUGUACAGCUUCAACGCCACCAACAAAUCAUCCAUCAGGUGUAUUGUCAUUAUAUGGUCAUUUAGCAUCAGAAGAGCUAUUGCAUCCUAUAAUUGCAAUGCAUCCACACAAUUCUUUACCUUUUAAUUUAAAUGCACAUUUCUCCCCACUUCGUUAUGAUUUUCCUGCCGAUUUAAGCGUUGUUAGUUUUCGAGUAUUUCCUAUUCCUGAAGGAGCUGGUAAAGGUAUUGGAAUGGUUUUACAUCAAGCAGCUUUAGAUAUGUGUUGGAACGACAAUUCUUAUUUACGUUAUUUUAAUGUUUCCGAAUCUGUAGAGGUUGAUUUAACAAAGUUCCUUAAUUAUAUAGAUGAUUGGGUUAUUAGUAAAGCUCCUCUUACAUUCCAUAAUGUAGGGCCAUCAUUGAAAUCGCCUAUUGUUAAUUUAUGUCCACACCAAAUAUUACCAGUUUUAUUUCAUAAGAUACAAUCUUAGGGAUAGAGUUUAAUAAUUUUUUGGACUUAUUAAAAUGAAUUUAAGUUUUUGUUCACUGUUCCACUAUCAACGGCCUUACUUAAAAUAAUAUAAUCCAAUUGAUCAGAUGUUGACGGACUGGUUUUAUCCAUCUUGUAGCUGUAAGAAUAUCAGUUGAAAACAAUUAUUCAGUGAAAACUAUUAUUUUUACAUACUUCUAAAAAUAUGAAAUACUGUUUGCAUAUGAAAACUGUUCUUAUAUAAAAUAUUUUAUACAUAAUAUUUUCUUAAUUUAAUAUCUUAGAUUUGUUAGAGCUUUGUUCAAAUAUUUAAUUGAUAAUUAACGGAUAUAAAUACAAAUGUAAAAAUACAAAGACACAUUCUCAUAGUUGUAUCAAAAAACAAAAUGUAUGUUUUUAUAGGAUCACAUUUCAAUGCUAGUCGUACUAUUACUUUAGAAAAUGUAAUUUUAUACAUCUGUACUGUAUGUAUUCUAAAUAUUAAAAAAAAUGUGUAAUAAAGUUGAAAGUAUAGAUACCUAUUUUCCUUGUGUUAUUAUAUAGUUUGAACUUUUUAUAUCAUAAUAAAACUAUAUCUACAUAUUUAUAAAGAAUUGUAUUCUAUUUACCCAAGGGAAUAAAAAAAUUGCAUAGCAGAUGGAUUAUGUUUAAGAACAGUCAGAACUACUUUACGCAUUUUGUUUUUUGAUGCCAUGGAUUCAAGUGCAGACAUCAUAAAAUGGCCAAGUCCUUUUCGUCGUACUGCAGAUUCCAAUUGUAUUUCAUAACUUAAAAAUAGAAGAAAAGAUAUAAAAUGAAGUUGAUCAUCUUCUGUAACUUGUAAACUAAUGACUAAAAUCUA